AUGACCCUACCACUCGUCCUCGCCAUCGCCAUAGGAGGCGGUGUCCUCCUCUUCAUAUGCCUCGCCUUCUUCCUCAUCGCUCUAGCAGGCCGCCGCCACCGAGCCCGCGCCCGAGCCCGAUCACCGACCCCCAGGACAAGACUCGACCUCGACUCGGACGGCGGCUCAAUCCACACGCCCAGCCCGCGUCCGCGGCGCCUCACGAAGCCAAAGCCAGGCGAGCCGUACGCCGACAUGGUUGAGGUCCAGGGGAAGCAGCAUUCCCACCGCUCGCUCUCGUCCAUCAUCAGCGUGCCGAGGAGCAAGAGCUGGAGUGUCUUUAGCAGUACGCCUGCGGAAGGGGCUGGCGGGCAGCAUCGUGGGGGACACCUGAGGAGGAAUAACAGCUGGAUCGACGAAGAUGCAAUUCACGGGCCUAGGGUGCAGAGUGAUGGCCGGCGGCUGAGUAUCCGCGACAGCUUCAUCCUCCGCACGCCGACGUUGCCGGAUUUGUUUGGGCACAAAGGGGAGUCGGGCGGCCAUUUUGAGGAUGACUUUGCGAAUUACCCCAUCGAACAGCCUCGGCCGGUCAGUAUGCCAGCACAGCGGGGCCAGCCUUUGCGGAUGCCGUUACCGAGAACAGCUUCGUAUGAGCUGGCUGAGAAAUUGGCUGCGGCAGCGAGGGGCGGACCGCCCGUACUUCCAAGCCCACAGGGACCAGGACCUCGACCGGUGCCGUUACAGCGACUGCGGCACAAGACGACGGAGUCGGACCUGGCUGAGAUAUUGCGUUCCACGGAAGAGAGGCUACAGCUCGGAACGCCAACCAACAGCCGACCGGCCACACGACAGAGGGCUGCAUCGGCAUCAGCUGGGUCCAGUGUACAGACCCCGCGCGGGUCACCGACAAAGUCGUAUUCCCCAAUAAAGGCCCAGUCACCGGUCAAGAUCCCAUCACCACUUAAGAAUCAGUCUCCCGUCCGAUCACGAUCCCCAACAAAGACACAGGUGAUGAACCACGUCGGUCAAGCGUUGGAUCUCAAUGCCCAGCGAGCUCGAACUCCGAGUCCAUCGAAGCGAAUGGUUGUUCCGAUGCUUGUCCAGACUCCGAACCACCACAAGAGGAACACUUCUCAGUCGUCUGUCGUCUCAGAUGCAGACAGCUUAUUUGGCGAGACAACCCCGGAAGUCGAACAAAUCCUGCCAACAGGACUGUCGAGCCCCAGCAGACGAUCCGAGCACGAGUCCCCGACCAAGCCCCCCAACAACGGCGAAUCAAUAGAAUCUCCAGGCAGCGAUGCCUCGUCGUCUCUCUCGACCUUGUACAGUGUUAACGAACCCGAGGAUGAUAGCAAGACCGGCGGCACCGGACACACCGGACACUUGGACAGCACCCCUCGCGGCAGGAAACCCAGGAGCCUUGUCAUCGAUACUCAGAUAUGCGACCCUUUCAUCACGCCGGGCCCGCCAGAAGUGCCCCCAAGGAGUCCCAAGCGCCAGUCAUCCAGCUUGCCGCCUCUCCGACGCCUUACGCCACCUGAAGAGGAAAUCCUGAACCGCACGCCUACGAAAGUGACAUCUGUUGCCAACUCUCCUGUACCGAGACCGCUAGACGUCAUCAAGCGCAGCAGCACGGCCGAUCAACUCCAGACGCGGUAUUCCAUCAUGAUGCAACCAUCCGACCUGGCAGCAUCGCCCGAGACCAUACGCCCAAAGAGCGUCAUGUCGAUGAAGCCCACCUUCCUUGUCUCGAGUCACAGCGUCGUGAGCAUGAGGGCAAGUCCUGGCACGUCUCCCGAGGACAAUGGCAGCCGGCCAGUCAUGCCGAAUAAC